AUGGCAAAGCUCACUGAUGAUGCCGACUACGAUGCCGGCGAAACGUUUGAGAAUGUAUCAAGUUCACUGUCAGAUCCUGGGAAUCAUGACAACUACUAUGGCAGACGACUUCGGACUAGUGGUGACUUCUCGAAUUCCACUUGCGAUUUCUCCAUGUAUACAUUUACCAAAAGAGGUGAGAGCGGAGAUCCUAUCGGUAUUCCAAAUAUUGCCCCACAGAUAUUGCCGUUGAGUGUGAAAUACGUGGUCCCUAGAAUCAGGUUAAUCAGUCUUGUAAACGACUCUUUCCGUAUCCGUUCUGUCUCUAUGAUAUCUUCUUCUCGCUCCAAUAUAUCCAGCAAGGCGCUUACCGCCAUCUCGCCUAAGAUAUCUGUGUACAUGGACUGUACCAACAGUUCCGACCCCACCAACCCAAUGUUCUGA